UCGAUCUUUCUACCCUCGCUCCCAGUCCCCUGGAUAGUACGACGCCGCUGUCGAUUCUUUUUACUUUCCCUUCCCGCCCCAUCUGCUACCCCGGACACGUUCACAUUCCCCUCCAAUUGACCAUCACCCUCUCCAGGGGCUUGCUCGUCAAGAUGGCAGCCGAUAUGAGCGGCGAGCAGAUGCAGGCCAAGAUUACCGCGGCCCGGCGCGAAGCUGAAGGUCUGAAGGAUAGGAUUAAGCGCAGGAAGGACGAACUGGCUGAUACAACUCUUCGUCAAGUCGCGCAAAAUCAUACCGACACUUUGCCUCGCAUCGGAAUGAAGCCCCGGCGCACGCUCAAGGGACAUCUCGCCAAGAUCUACGCCAUGCACUGGUCGACCGACCGACGUCAUCUCGUCUCGGCCUCGCAAGAUGGAAAGCUUAUCAUUUGGGACGCCUACACCACGAACAAAGUUCAUGCAAUCCCUUUGAGGUCAUCGUGGGUCAUGACCUGCGCCUACGCCCCGAGUGGAAACUACGUUGCCUGUGGUGGUCUCGACAACAUUUGCUCGAUCUACAAUCUCUCUUCUCGUGAGGGUCCGACUCGUGUCGCGCGCGAGCUUUCCGGACACUCGGGGUACCUUUCUUGUUGCCGCUUCAUCAACGAUCGCCGAAUCAUCACCUCAUCCGGAGAUAUGACUUGCAUGCUAUGGGAUAUCGAGUCGGGCUCGAAAGUGACCGAAUUCGCCGACCACCUUGGUGAUGUUAUGUCGAUUAGUAUCAACCCUACGAACCAGAACAUCUUCGUCUCAGGUGCCUGCGAUGCCUUUGCUAAGCUCUGGGAUAUUCGUACCGGAAAGGCCGUCCAGACGUUCGCUGGGCAUGAAUCAGACAUCAAUGCUAUCCAGUUCUUCCCCGACGGAAACGCAUUCGGCACAGGUUCUGAUGAUACUUCUUGCCGUCUCUUCGAUAUCCGUGCGGACCGCGAACUUAACAUCUACCAGAGUGACCAAAUAUUGUGCGGCAUUACGUCCGUUGCUUUCUCCGUCUCUGGAAGAUUGCUGUUUGCUGGUUAUGAUGAUUUCGAGUGCAAGGUGUGGGAUGUCCUCCGGGGCGAUAAGGUUGGCUCUCUGAGCGGCCACGAGAACCGUGUUAGCUGCUUGGGAGUUAGCAAUGACGGUAUCAGUUUGUGCACUGGUUCUUGGGAUUCUCUGCUCAAGGUCUGGGCCUGGUAAAAGCCGAGGGCCCCGAAGUAAAAAAAAGCAAAGAUACCCUGUCUCUGUCUUGCCAUGUCCUUUUCCGAAAUUUUCACAACAUU